GGAUAUAUAUACAAUUAAAAUGUAAAAUUUAAAAUAAAAAAUACAUAUUUUAAACAAGAUAACAUGCUUAGAAUAAAAGAACCUUUUCGAAGUUAUAAUAUGAUAACAAGAGAUGAAUGAUUGGAGGAUUGAUUGACCAGACAACAUUGUUGUGUUAUAAACUCCGGCGGCGAAGAGCUUUCAUUUCAUCAUUCACGUGUUACAUCAGCCCGGAUUGUGAUAAACAACAAAAAAGAUCAAAACGGAACUGGACAGUUUAGAAGACGUUAAAUAAAGUAGUAAAUCAAAGAUUUAAAGCUCUAGUGCUAACUAGUUAUGCCUCAGGAAGACGUUGUUGAGAAAGUUAAAAAUAUGAGUGUUUCAGGUCUUUGCUGAAAGGAAUGAGCUGUAACUAUUUGUUAACCAGACUAUCAGCCACACGUAUACUGUCAGCUUCAAGGCUUGUUCAGAGACACUUUUCAAAUUUUAGAAAAACAUUACCUCUGCAUAUAGUUCGAGCACAAGUCUUCCCAAUCAUUUUUCCCACACAAAAACUUUGCACUUUAGGAAUUAGAGACAUGCCUCCAAUUUAUACAUCAGAAAAGAGUGGCAAUGAUGAAACUGGAGAUGGAACAGAAGGUAAACCAUACAAGACUGUACUCCAAGCGAUGCGACAUGCAAAAUCUGAACCAUUUCCACAAAUAAUGGUCGACGUAAAAGAUGCUGAAAAGUCUGGAUUUGAAGUUAUAGCUAAGGCACAGUUAAAGAAAAUGACUAAGCUGUUCGGUCAAGAAAAAAGGAAAGCUGAAGAUCGUGAGAAAAGAGAGGCUGAAAAAGCUGCUCAACAUGAAAAGAAUUUAGAAGAAGCAAAAAAAAUCAUCAUAGAGGAGGAUAAAUUGCUGCCUGUAGCAAAACGAAUAAAAAUCAGAGACACAAAGGACCACAGAGAACAGCGAGUCAAAUUGUUUGGAUGGGCGCAUCGCGUAAGACAGCAAGGCAAAAAUCUUAUGUUCAUUGUGCUAAGAGAUGGUACUGGAUUUUUGCAGUGUGUUCUUGCUGAGAAGCUGUGUCAAACUUAUAAUGCUGUUAGGCUUAGUACGGAGUCCACUGUGGCUGUGUUUGGUACGUUAAAAGAAGUUCCUGAGGGAAAAGAAGCUCCAGGAGGUCAUGAAUUAAUUGUAGAUUAUUGGGAGGUGGUUGGGUUUGCUCCACCAGGUGGUGCAGACAAUUUAGUAAACGAAAAUUCCAAUGUAGACACAUUGUUAGACAAUAGGCAUCUUGCUCUUAGAGGUGAACAUCUUUCAAAAAUAUUACGCGUAAGAUCAAGAGUAACACAAUGUUUUAGAGACCAUUAUUUUGACCGAGGAUAUGUGGAGGUCACGCCGCCUACAAUGGUACAAACACAAUGCGAAGGUGGUAGCACAUUAUUUAAAUUUGAUUAUUUUGGUGAUCCGGCAUAUUUGACUCAAUCGUCUCAGUUGUAUCUUGAAACUGCCAUACCUGCUGUCGGCGACUGCUUUUGUAUUGCUCAAUCAUAUAGAGCUGAGACGUCGAGAACGAGAAGGCAUUUGGCUGAAUAUACCCAUAUAGAAGGUGAAUGCCCGUUCAUUGAUUUUGAAGAACUGCUGACAAGAAUAGAGGAUUUGGUGUGUGAUGUUGUUGAUCGAUUUUUAAAGAGUCCUGAAGGGUUGCUGCUAAAAGAUCUUUAUCCGGACUUUCAACCUCCUAAAAGACCUUUUAAACGCAUGAGUUACAGUGAUGCUAUUGAGUGGUUAAAAGCUGAUGGUUACAAAAAAGAAGAUGGAACGUUUUAUGAAUUUGGAGAGGAUAUUCCAGAGAUGCCUGAAAGAAGAAUGACAGAUGCUAUUGGAGAGCCAAUUUUGCUUACACGAUUUCCUGCUGAUGUGAAAGCAUUCUACAUGCAGAAGGACCCUAAAGAUAGACGAGUUGCGGAGGCGGUCGAUUUACUAAUGCCUGGUGUGGGUGAAAUUGUUGGUGGUUCCAUGAGAAUGGAUAAUAAUGAUGAGCUGAUGGAAGCGUUUCAAAAACAGAAGCUGGAUCCGUCUCCCUAUUACUGGUACACCGACCAGAGAAAGUAUGGAACCUGCCCUCAUGGAGGUUACGGCCUCGGCUUAGAUCGUUUUGUCACUUGGUUGACCAAUCGUUACCAUAUUCGAGAUGUGUGCUUCUACCCGCGAUUUAUAGGGCGUUGUACACCUUAGAUAGAAAAUAUUUUUGUUUUGAUGUAGGGGAAGGUAUUGGAAAGAAUGAUGUUUUAGUUA